UAUAUAUAACAUUCAUCCCACUCAAACAAGUUGGAACUGCCUGCCUGUCUUCUUCUUUAGUUUUCUGAGCAGCUUAUCCAUCAAUGGCUUCCUUUAACCCAAGUGGGUACGAAAAGUAUUCAGGUUCAGCAGCAGAAGCAACCAAGUUUGGCCAAGACGCCGCCACGACUGGGAUUCCAGUUAGCUCCUCCAACGCCUACUACACCGACACUUCUCAAAACACCAACACUCGUCCUCAGACUAAAACGAGAGUCCGUUGGUCAUCUGGCCUCUGUGACUGCUUCUCUGACUGGAGAAACUGUUGCAUAACGUGUUGGUGCCCUUGCGUGACUUUUGGCCAAAUUGCUGAGAUUGUAGAUAAAGGAUCAUCAUCGUGUGGGGUAAAUGGAGCACUUUACACACUGAUAGCAUGCGUGACGGGGUGCGCAUGUUGCUAUUCCUGCUUUUACCGAGCCAAAAUGAGGCAGCAAUACAUGUUGAAGAAACACCCUUGCGGGGAUUGCCUCGUCCACUGCUUCUGCGAGUAUUGCGCCUUGUGCCAAGAGUACCGUGAGCUCAAAUCCCGCGGCUACGACUUAUCCAUUGGGUGGCACGGAAAUAUGGAAAAACAGAGUCGUGAAGUGGCGAUGACUUCAAUUCCACCGACGGUGGAAGGAGGGAUGAGUCGAUGAACCUACAUCACCCACACUGUAUAAAAGAUUCCUAAGAGUUCCAGUAUUAGAUCUAACAUCCAGGGGACUCAGUAAAGUUUGUAUAAAUAUCAUAUUGUUUUUAGUAUGGCAUGUACCUAGAUUGAGUUUUUUUGGGGUAAAAUAUGUGUUUAUGUGGAUGAUUGAAGCUUGAAUUGAUCUUUUGCAAGUAGCUAAUGGUUUUAAAUGUGAAUUUAAGUUUACUAUAGAGUUUGAAAUGUAUGGAACAAUAUUAUGUUAUGGUAAAAUAAAGUGUGGACCCAUAUUACUUGUUUAAUGUAGUUAAAAACCAUGAAUAAUAUCUAUUUGAUGAAUGGAAUCGGUUAAAUAGUUAAAUUACAAAUGAAA